AUCAGAGCUGUAACUUAACAUCCCUGCUAGAUUUGAAAUUUGAGUUUCUUCUUUUUUAUGAAGUCCUAUUUUUUAAUUUAAACCGGGGAUUUGAAGAUUGUGACGUUUGGAAGACUGGUGACCGUAUCACGUGAUCUUGAUUUCAUCUUCUUACACUUUGCCCGGGAUCAACACCCAAAUCAUCCACUAACUAUUACAACCAAUAUUGGCCGACCAAUCGAGUACCGAAACACCAAUACUGGGUCCAAUUACGUUUUUGAGAAAUUCAGGAAAUUAUAUUUAGGUGAAUCCACCGACAAACUAACAACGAUUUUGUCUCUCUGAAACAGAUUCUACAUAACCCACGUAUAUCAAAGUUGGCAAGCUUUUAACGGGCUAAAAAUCGAAUGUUUUUACAAAUUUGAUCAUACUCUGUCAAUGUUUUGGAGAAUUUCCGGAUUAGCCGGUUCCAAAUCUGUCCUUUGUCGAGAUGUUCACGGUUUAUUCCCUUCGUCCGCUUUGACCAAAAUUGACCAAUUUUACUAGGACUAAAUCACAAAUAAUUUGGCCAAAUCUGACCAAAUUCAGUCAAUAUGUACAUUUUUCUAAAACCUCAUUUCUCUGGUCAAAUUUUAUCAACUUCUGUUAAUAAAUCUUUUAGAAAGACAAUGUAUUAUGCCAAGGUAGAUCCACCUAACAACACAGGUUUAGCCUCUCUAAGUCCAGAAUUCCUGAUUACCCACUUUGACCAAAACUGCCGAACUUAUCGAGGACUUAAACAUCAAUACUUUGAUGAAAUUUGUUCAAAUUGUGUCAACUCAUUUUUGAGAAGACCAACAUGCCCAGGUAAACCGACCAAAACAACUCUCCUUUGGAUCCUGUCAGUCCAGAAUUCAACUUGAUCAAUUUUAACCAAAGUCGGCCAACUGCAAAGACUUAAACAUUAAUCAUGAACAUUUGAUUUCACCAAAUUUUGUCAAUAUGCUUUAGAGAAAUUCAGAAUUUUAACAGAAGUGAAACCAUAACGGAACUAGAGUCCACCCCGCAGACUAAAGGCUUCUUCAGUUGAUCGAGCUGUUCUUCCGAAUCGGUCAAUCGAAGAUUUCUGAAGUUCUUCUUGCUUUUGAUUGCCGGCUCAUUUUAUUAAGAAACUUGUCCAUAAAUCUGGAUAUAUGAUGAUCUUAACCGGCCGUCCAAUCAGAGAUGGUUCUCUGUCAAUUCCAGUUUCGAGGGUGGUUUCCAGUGCAAGGCGAUAGUCAACCUCAGGGCCAAUUUCGCCAAACGUAUGCCCCGGGGAGAAGUCCGUCGACUGUUACGACUGUUAGAGACGAAGAGGUUUUGAGGAUCACCAAGUCUACGACUUCUAGUACCAAAAGGGCCAAAACAUCUGUCGAAAGGUUUUUGUUCGAUCGAUAAAAAGUUUUCACAAUCGGGAUGUCGCGUGCCUCGGCCCACAUCCUGCCGAGCUAUGGUGGCACACUUGCUCUUACCGAAAACAAUUAUGAUAAGACCUGCGGAGAUUAUCCGUAAAAGAGGAGGGGCAGAGCUGCCGUGCGAAUUUUCAAUGCGCCCAUCUAUCAUUAUUACGUUACAGUAGAGAAAACCGAUGACAUAACAAUUAGAUAAAUAGUUGAACUGCUUAUCCAAGAUACGCAGCAAAACUAGUUUCUUAAGCAAACAAGGAUUUGAGCCCACUCUGUUCGACAGAUCUUCUGAGUCCAAGAAUCUGUGUCCAUCCUCGUCAACGAGUCUCAUGAGGCCAGGGAGAUGAGACUAUCGUGGACGAAGAUUUUCCUAAGUCCGGAGUCCGAAGGAACUCCUUCCUGAGGUCAUGAAUAUGAGGUAAUAUUGGACGACACGAGCUUAAGGUCAGGAAUUUCACUCAGGACUGGAUGAGGCUUCUCUCUUCUGAGGCUAGGAUCUUAAUCUAUCUUACUCUAUCCAGGAUAGAUAGAUUUUUCCGUAAGGACAGGUGUAUUACGUUGUUCUGAACGAAGCAUUUACCUGAUGUCAGGAAUCGGCGACAUUAUAGAAAGAACGACGUGUCUCUUGAGACCAGUAAUCUGGGACUAUACUGGGCGAAGCCUUUCCUGAGGUAAGGCAUCGGCGACUUUAUAGAACGACGUUUCUAUUGAGGCCAGGAAUGUGGGACUAUCCCGGAAGAAUAUUUUCUGAGGCCAGGAAUCUGGGACUAUCCCGGACGAAGCCUCUCCUGAGGCCAGGAAUUGGCGACCUUAUAGAAACGUGUCUCUUGGGGCCAGGAGUCCGGCACUACAUUAGACGAAACCUUUCUUGCCAGGAAUCAGAAUCUUGGACGAAAUUUUUUACUAAGGUCAGGAAACUCAAUCAAUACUGGUCGAUACGUCUCCUGAAACCAGGACUCUGUGUCUACCUCAGACGACUCCUUUCCCAAGGCCAGGAGUCUCUGUCUAUCCAUUAUAUUUUUCUCCGUAUCAGAGUUGUUUUAUAAUCUCGGUAUUUGUUAUUGGGAAAGAACCCUCAUGUGUUUCAUAUACGUGGCGGGGCGGACCCCCACUUAAAGCCGAUACGCCGAGUUUAAAAAAGGUCGCCCGUCCUCCUCCGCCCUGUUCCAAAAUGCUCCUCUUGUUCUUUCUUACUCUGCCGUUGGCCGAUGCGGUACCACUGCCUUCAGCGGGCGGUUACCGCGGCUCUUGGAAGAAAUCGACAGGCGGGAGGGUCUUCGCAGCAUUCCACGGCAUAAGAUACGCCCAGCCUCCGACGGGACUCUUGAGAUUCCAGGACCCGGUUUUGGAUGUAAACGUUAGCCAGAUUGAAGGAGACGUGCCUGAGUGUAUUCAGGUUAAUUUCAUCGACGACGACGUGCAGGGAGAUGAAGACUGCUUAUUUCUCAAUGUCUAUAGUCCUUCGGUUACCUGUGAUGGUAUGGAUCCACGGAGGUGCAUUUUUAAAAGGAUCGAGCAGGUACGACGUCUACGGGCCGCAGAUGCUGAUGGACCACGAUGUCGUCGUCGUCACGUUCAACUACCGUCUCGGAGCUCUCGGUAUGCGUUUGAUAUUCAGUUUAAGAACAGUUCUGAAGCAAUUUCUGCAGGGUUCGCGAGCCUGGAAGGGCCGGAAUUACCGGGCGAUUACGGUCUCAAGGACCAGAGGGCCGCAGUAGACUGGGUCAUGAGAAACAUCGCGAUGUUCGGAGGCGACCCGGGUUUAAUCACGGUCGCGGGUCACAGCGCAGGGGCUGUCGGAGCGCUCCACCUCGCACACCUAGACGAACGGAUCAAAAGGUGUAUCGCCCUGAGCGGGACGAGAUACUCACCCUGGGGACUGUCUGACGACUUCAGAGUCAGGAACAACACAAAAAGACUCUUUAGAGGUUUAAACUGCACAGACCUGGCAUGCCUGAAACGAGCCGACGAGAAGGAUUUGAUCCUGACGGCCAAGAACAGUCUAUAUACAUGGGAUCGACUGCUAUUGCCAUACCGGCCCGUGGUGGAUGGAGGUUUGAUCAAAACCGACCCGUGGUCGGGAGGAACAGAAAGGAACUUCUCACUCCUUAUCGGUGUGACUAGAGACGAAGCUGACUUCCUUUCUGUCUUUUUACAGUCUUGGGAUGAUGAGUGGAAAAACACAAUGUUCCGACUAUUCCUGGACGAAAUCGCCAUGGUGGACAGGAUGGCGGGGCCUGAGAAGAAGAAUGCCCUGGAGAGGAUCGACGAGUUCUACUGGAGACGCGGACCGGACAGGAUCGUCGAGCUCGUGAGCGACUCGUCUUUCCUGUUUCCCGCGACUGCGGAAGCCAUUGGACACAAGGGCGACCUCCACGCUUUCAUGUUCGCUUACAAAAGCAGGCUGCCGUACAUGCUCGGUGCUGCUGAACGUAUCGGCCACAGGGUAGCGCACGGAGACGAGCUCCCGUUCCUCUUCGACUCCAGAGACUGUCCACUCGGCGACGACUCCAGUUACAAAGACAUUUCGACAAGGUUGACCGAUACGAUAGUCAGAUUCAUCAAAGGGCUCGAUCCCGGAUUGAAAUCUUGGAAAGAGGAUCAGGAGAUAUUUUCCGUCAAGGAUGCCCUGUAUGACCCAGAAGAGUACAAGGAUAUAGACGAGAACAUCUACGAAAGGAUGCACUUCUGGAAAUCACUCAACUUUCUAAAGAGAAACAGCCCAAACUGAUAAUAAGCCCAGUUUGAGACUUGAUUCAAUUAUUGUUGUGAAUUCAAAACUAAAAAACCAAAUGUUUAUA